UAGAAUGCCUCAUCUAUAUCUAGUUCAGCAUAGACAGUUUUCAGUUGUGGAAGCAUCAGCCCAGCAACUCAGAACGAGCUUCACGUGUAGAUUAUCCAUACCAAGCCUACAUCCUGUCUACUCUCCUCCAUCAUCAUGACCACACGAUUCCGACACUUCCUUGGGAAGUACAAGAGCAGGUUUCGUUAUUACCUUGCGAACUCAGUCAACUUGCGCCAGAUUGUACAACUGAUACUAAUCCUGAUCUCGCUCACCGCCAUCGUCGGCCCUAUCGUACUCCUCAUAUUUGAGUAUAAGAAGAACCCGUCGGUGCGUCUGAUCAUCUUCGGAUUCCUCUCGGCCGCCAUCGCGACAUUUUUCAGCACCUGCAUCGCUCUGUGGUGGUGGCGUUUCACCCAUCCUCCAAGAGACGACGAUCAGCAAGUCAUACCAUGGUCCAGAAGCGGCUCAGAGUCGAGCACGAUUGGUCCCACCCGGGUUCGAGUCGCUACAGGCCCUUCCGAUGCACAGCAUGAGAACUUGCCUAUGACUCCCAUAUCGGAGCAAUCUCCUUCUUCUAUGCCUGCCGAAGCCAAUACAGGUGCCCCUGUCGCCGAAGAGAACAAUGCCACGACGCCUUCAGAGGGUUGGGUAUCCCGUUUGCGAAAGUUCGUCUUGUCAGGGUCAUCAAGAACCAAGGUACAGCAGGGAUCCGCGGCUGCUUAAGAGCGAUCCGGGAAGAUGUCUUAAGCCAAUGUCAGAAAAUGCUCGAAGCAAUUUCUCUUUCCCUUUCUCAUAGACGUUAAGUAGGAUUUGCUAGAUUGUAGACAGGCUCAGUGCCCUCAUUCAAUGGAUAGUAGAACGAGUGCCUGUAGAUACA